UUUAAAAGCAUUCAAUACAUGUUUUGGGGGGACAAUCAAGUCAUAUAUUGCUAACUAACAACAAAAUAAAUUGUAGUGUUUGUGAUCUAGGACGAGGUAAUGACUAGCCCAAUGGUGUAAAUGCAGAUGGGCAACCCUCUCCUUCAGCCUUUUUAUUUAUAGCCACUGAUUAUUAGGGCUGGAAUUUGCCAGGGACCUCACAAUAUGAUGUUAUCUCAGGUGCCGAUACAAUAUGUAUUUCAAUUCUCCAGAUUCUGUCACACCCCCACCUGCUCUCCUAUCCGCUCACCCUCUCCAGCGCUGUCUACUAACCACCGGUUCUGGCAACUGAUUAUGCACACCUGCUCCCCAGUUAACCCAGUGUUCCUAGGCCGUCAUUGAAAAUAAGAAUUUGUUCUUAACUGACUUGCCUAGUUAAAUGAAGGUAAAAUAAAAACAACAAAUAUGUAACUAUUGAUUUCCCCCUUCACUAUUGACGAUCAGUUGGGCUACAGGUGAUAAUGCUUAUUGCAAAACAGCAUAAUCUGAUAUGGACCAAUAUGUUAUUUGGUUUAAUGCUAUUAUAUUGAGAUUAUGUUUUUAUUUUCAUUCAUUUUGGAGUAGAAUGUCCUUUGAAAAAGUCACCGGAACUGACGGCCUCACAGUCGUUCUACCUGCCCCAUCAUUCACCGAGCAUUCCUUCACGGCCUAGUGUGAUUGGCUACAGUGUAUUUGGCCUUUAUCCUCAAGUCCACCAGGCUGAUUGAAUUUGCCAUGCCGCUCUACCUGUCGAACGAUGACUUCUGCUACAGGACCCCAAAAUCACUGAAACCACUACGACCCUGUCUGAACCCUUGCCUGAGGUUCAAAUCCUCUGCUCCUCCUAAGCAGAUUAAAUCAGAGAGCGCUAUUCACGAGGAGAAUGGGAAACCCAAAAGGCGAGUGUCCUUUGCCGACCACAAUGGCCUGGCCCUCACCAAGGUGAAGGUUUAUUCCCUGUUCGACAAUGCCAUUGACAUUCCACUCAACAUCACAGAUCUGUUCAGCGCUGCGCUCAAAUUAACAGAUGAGGACAGACUGGUGCUGGAUUUCACCCAGCCCUCUUCUGACUACCUGCUCUUCCGCCAGCGUUUGGAGACCGAGCUUGUCUGCUUGGAAAACUGCAUGUUGAAAAAGAGGGCACUGGCUGGAACUGUGAAGGUAAAAAACCUGUCCUUCGAGAAGUCUCUAAAGGUGCGUUUGACCUUUGACACCUGGAAAAGCUACACCGACUUGGAGUGCCAUUAUGUUAAGGACACAUACAUGGGCUCGGACCGUGAUACCUUCUCCUUCGAGGUUUCCCUUCCAGCUGCACUGAUACCACACGAGAAGGUAGAGUUUGCCAUCUGCUAUGAAGUCAAUGGCCAGACAUAUUGGGACAGCAACCAGGGCCAGAACUACAGGAUUAUCCGGUCUGCUCUGAAGAGUGAUGGCCAGGGUAGCUUCAGCAGUACUCAGCAGAUGCACUCCUUUGAUUUGGGAAUUCACUUCGAUCACUACGGUAGUCCCAGGUGCUCCCAUGGGAUCUGCCCAGAGUGGCCAAGAUAUUCAGGAUAUGAGAAGAUUCAACCUUACUACUGAAAAAAAAAGUGAUUCUUAAAGGAAUACUUCAGGAUUUUGGCAAGAAGAGUCGUAUUAACUCGUAGAUACCAUUUGUCUCUGCGUGCAGUUUGAAGGAAGUUGCUAGCUAGCGCAAUUGCUAACUAGUGUUACCCCAAUGACUGGAAGUCUUAUGCGUAUCUGCUAGCAGAUACCCAUAGACUUUGUCACUGUGCUAAAGCUAGUUAGCAUUGGCUCGCAAAACUACCUCUAACUUCCUUCAUACUGGACACAGACAUAAAAAUGGCCUUGGGGAAGUAGAUAAUGGGCCUCAUUGCCAAAAUCCCAAAGUAUCCUUUUAAAGUGUGUUUUUGUUCAAAGGGCUGUUCCAGAUCAAUUGUGAAAAUGUUUAAUUUCUUUUAAAAUUCACUCAACAGGAGGCCAGUCUUAACAUGCUCGGUGGAACAAAAGCAAUAAGAAAAAGAAAGGGGGUGUUAUAAGUAUAUUAAGGUUUUUGGAUGGGGGUAACACUAAUUAAUAUAAUAUCAAUGUAGCCUAUUGAAUAUGAAAUAUAUUUUUUUAUCACAAAAAAAGAAACAAAACCAGAGAUUAUGCAUAACUGUCAUGAAAGAGAAAAGAGCUAUGGCUGAUCUAGUUCAAAAAACAACUACUUGUAUAGCUUUUCACUUAUGAUGAUCUGUGUGAUGCACAUAACAUGUAUAAAUGUCUGAAUAAUUGGAAGAACAGUGUUUCUAAUUAUGGAUGUCAAACUCUGUGAUUUUAAAUAAUCUAUUUGGAACCAAAUGUCCACGUCCUCCCAGGUCACAUUUCUUCAGUUCUUUAAUUUUAUGUCUGUUAAGUAAUAGACCUCAGAAAUGAAAUGGGGCCUUCAAGUCACUUCAGGAUUUGCACCAUACGUUUGUACAAAGUUCAUUCUGGUGUGGUUGUGUGUUAUUAAUUCCUUCCAUUUUUAAAGGAGGGAAUGGUAGGACUUAAUUUGGGACUCAACUUAAGAAAUGCACAUUUCUGUCUGCUCAUAUUUUCAUUUACUCCAAUUGAAAUGUUUUACUGUGUUCUAUGCUGCUUGAUGUAAAUGGCUUGGAUAUGUUUUUAAAAACAAGUAUUAGGAUGGAUUUUGUAGGUCAGAUAUUUUAUCUUUUUAAGAUGCUGUAUUAUAUUGAUUUUGAAAAUCUUAAAUAAAUGUUCAGAGAUCAAGAA